CGGCCGGCAUAUUAAACACGCAUAAUAUCGUGCUCACGAUGGCUCAGUUAAAUAUUCCAACGAUUAAGCUUAAUAAUGGCAGAGAUAUCCCAACAGUGGGAUAUGGAACAUGGCUCGGUCUCAAUGAAAAGAGUGUAUUCGAUACAACUGACCUGCCGAAGAUGGUAGAUGCUCUAUCCUAUGCCAUUGACAUAGGUUAUCGGCAUAUUGAUACAGCACAUUUAUACAGGGUGGAGCCGGAAGUAGGGGAAGUGAUAAAUAAAAAGAUAAAGGAAGGAGUUGUGAAGAGGGAGGAAUUGUUUGUUACUACCAAGGUCUGGCAUCAUUACCACCGUGAAGCAGAUGUUGAGGUCUCAGUCAGAGCUUCAUUACGGCGCAUGAAUCUUGAAUAUUUGGAUCUUGUUUUAAUGCACUGGCCUAUGUCAAUAUCGCAAGAUGGUGUCGACGAGAAGAUUGAUUACCUCGAAACAUGGCGUGGUUUUGAAUCUGUUUUACAAAAAGGAUUAGUAAAGGCCAUUGGUGUUUCAAACUUCAACGUCGAACAAUUGAAGAGGCUACUUGCUAAUAGCAAAGUUGUUCCUGCAUCUAAUCAAGUUGAGAUUAAUCUAAACUUAGGUCAGAAAGAACUUGUUGACUAUUGUCAGGCCAAUAAUAUAGUGGUUGUAGCUUAUUCUCCAUUUGGUACCAUGGUACCCAGCCGUGCACAACCAAAUAGUCCUGAACCCAAAUUGAAUAAUCCAACACUGGUGGCUAUUGGCAAGAAAUAUGGAAAGACUGUGACACAGGUCACUUUAAGAUAUUUGUAUCAACGGGGUAUUGUAUCCAUUCCAAAAACUGUAACGAGGACGAGAGUAUUGGAAAAUGCGUCAAUCUUCGAUUUUGCCCUCGAUAAUGAAGAUGUCAGAACUAUAGCUCAAUUUGAUAAUGGCUACCGCACAGUUGUACCAGCCUUCUGGCAAGACUUUACUAAUUAUCCAUUUGAAAAACGCCCGGUUAAAUUGGAGAUUCCGUUGGCUUUAAAAUCAUGGAAGAAUGGAGCGAAUCUGGACAUCGAUUAAACAAUAUUAUAAUUAAAAAUAUAUUUUCAAAGUUU